AUGAAAUCAGACAAAAGAAGAGCAGCAGCUAAGCCAGUUUCAUAUACAAAUUAUAGUACUGAUGAAGAGGAUGAGUUGAACGACUAUGAGGACGCAAAGUUUAAAGAAUCAUUUACUGAUGAAGAAGAAAAUAAUAAUAGUGAACUCGAGUCAUUAUCUGAAGAAGAAUUAGACGAGGAAGAAGACGACGAUGAGGACGAGGACGAGGACGAAGAAGAUGAACAGCCCAUACCAGCAAAGUCAUCACGUAAUAAUAAAAGAAAGAAAUCAGUGAUUGAGGAUGACAGUGAGGAAGGAUUUUCCGAUGGAGAAGAAGUGAUCAAGAAUCGACCCAUGACAAAAAGACAAAGAGCUAAACUGAAUCAUGAAGAACCAGAGGAUUAUUUACAGCUGCCCAUGGAUACGGGAAAAAAGAAGCUUUUAACAGAGGAAGAAGAACAGCUACGCAAAUCAGAGGUUGCGAGAAGAAGAAAAAACCAGAGUAUACAAAGAGCAGAAAAGGAUAAGGCAGAUACGAUCAACCGUUUACUGAAAAAGCAAGCAUCAAAGACAAAGCGUGUGAUUGAAGAUAGUGAAGAGACAGCACAAAAAAGACAAUCAGAUCCCAAGAGUAUAAAAUAUGUUCAAAAUACAAAUGGAAGUCAAUUAUCUAUUCCUCAAGCCUACUCUUUAGAGGAUAUCUUUGGUGAACUGAAAAAGUAA